AUGGCGUCUGCGGCAGCCUCUGGCCUCCUCACCUCGCUACUGCUGCUGCUGCUCCUGAGACCCGCGCCCAUGGCGGCCCACUCUGUGCCCCUGCCGGCAGCCUUCCUGGAGGACGUGGCGGGCAGUGGCGAGGCCGAGGGCUCGUCGGCCUCCUCCUCGAGCCUCCCGCCGCCCUGGACCCCGGCCCUCAGCCCCACACCCGCGGAGCCCCAGCCUACGCCCCCGGUGGGCCCCCCGCCCCCUACCAACCUCCUGGACGGCCUCGUGGACUUCUUCCGCCAAUACGUGAUGCUCAUCGCCGUGGUGGGCUCCCUGGCGUUGCUGCUGAUGUUCAUCGUCUGCGCCGCCCUCAUCACCCGCCAGAAGCACAAGGCCUCGGCCUACUACCCGUCGUCCUUCCCCAAGAAGAAGUACGUGGACCAGAGCGACCGGGCCGGGGGCCCCCAGGCCUUCAGUGAGGUCCCCGACAGGGCCCCCGCCAGCCGGCCCGAAGAGGCCCUGGAUUCCUCCCGGCAGCUCCAGGCUGACAUCCUGGCCGCCACCCAGACCCUCAAGUCCCCCGCCAGGGCUGCACCUGGCAGCGAUGCUGCCAGGAUGCUGGAGGGCAGGGCGGAGGGAAAGGAGACGGGCAGCCAGGAGGUGGACCCGGAUGCCCAGGGACGCGGGGGCCCGGAGGAGGCACCAGAGGCGCUGGGGGAGGCAUGCUCGGCAGGGGCCGAGGGGGCGUGUGUGGCGGGUGGGGGGAAGGGAGGCCUUCCUGGCAGCCCCUCCCCUCCACCAGCCAGGGGCCAGAGCUUGGGUUUCAUAACACACAAUGGCCUCUGUCUCACUCAGUGGGGAUGGGCCCUCCCUUUUUCGGCCCAGCCAGGCCUGCCACGGAGAUCCGGAGAGUCGAAGAUGAAUGCCUGUGUGCUGUGUGGCUCUGACCAAAUGCAUCUGAUGCGCACCGAAGGUGAAAUCCUGGAUGUAGACCAGCCUUUCAUUUCACGUCCUGACUCGCUGGGAGGCUCAGAGGAAAUGCUUGUGGAAGGCUCGGCCAGGCUCAGGUGCACCAGGGUGGUUGUGCCGUCCAGGCUGCUCCCUAGGGAGCGCUCAAGAGCAGCUGCUUGGGCGGCCUGGUCCCUGAGGUGCGGUGGCUCCUCCGCUGAGCCCGACUUGUCCAGCGUGGCGCUGGAGGCCAGUCAGUGCCUCAAGGGACGCCGGGAGGCCAGCGCCCGUCCCCCCCUCAAGGCCGGCUCUCGAAUGAAGAGCGGAGUGCAAGCAGGCCGUGGGGGAGUUGGACACCCGCUCUGUGCCUGCCCUAGGGGCGGUCGUGACCCGGGGGGCUCAGGGAAUCCCCUCGGCUCCCAAACCUUCCACCCCUGCGAUUCCCUCCCUUCUUAA